AUGUCGUCGAACGGUGCUCGUCCUACCCAGUACUACGAGCUGUACAGGCGUAGCAGGUGAGCGUCGGGUGGCAAAUGUUAAGCAGUGGGUUGGCAUUCUGGGAGAGCCUCCGUAGGCUUUGGUCAUCUGUGGCCCGAGCCCGCAUUCUGAGAAAUGGGUUUGGAGUGCUUUUCAUGUGCUAGCUCUGGGUGCUGCGCUCGAAAGGCAACGGACAGGGUGAGACUGUUGCGUUAGCUGGUGACGACCGGUAGUCCGUGAGCUGUUGCGAGUGCUUCGGACUAGGCGCAACGCCACGAUUGGCCAUCUGUACGCGUCAGGUAAAGCUGACAUGUCACGCUCUCGUCGCCCUUCAGUAUUGGAAUGCAAUUGACGGACGCUCUUGACGAGUUGAUCCAAUCUGGACACAUCAAUCCGGUGUUGGCCAUGAAAGUCUUGACGCAGUUCGACAAGAGUGUGGCAGACACGCUGAACAAGAAAGUCAAGAGCAAGAGCAGUCUGAAGGUGAGUGUGGGUGGAUGCAUUUGGCCCGGAUUGAGCUGGGCGGUCCUUUGUUCUUGCGGGUCUCGGCUGAUGGAAGCGACCCUGUGGUCUCACUGUAUGCGCUUAGGGUCAUUUGCACACGUACCGCUCAUGCGACGAGGUCUGGACUUUCUUUGUCAAGGAUGGCAAUAUGAAGCUCGACAACGGAGAGAUGUUGCACAUCGACAGCGCUAGGAUCGUGGCUUGCAAGCUGGGAGAGGGGGCAAGCGCGAGCAAAUGA